GACCAGCACACGAAUAUCAUUAUAAAUUUUUGUUUAUUAAAAAAAUCUAUACGUAAAAGUUAGUUAAUAUGUCCAUAUAAGUAGUUAUGCAACUCGUAAACUUGACGUAAUUAAGAGUUUAAUACAUAAACCAAGUUUUCUUCUGUGUCAUCUUCGUGCAGUGCAAUCAAUCAAUUUACGUGGUAUUUGAAGAAAGUAGUUAAUGGAGGUCAAUGGUGAACCGGUAACGUGGGUGCUGACGUAGAUACCAGACGGGUUUCCGCAGAGUCGGUGGCGGGGAUAUCAGUCCGUGCCGGUAACCGCUCCGUCUACACGCCGCUCUUAACUGCGGCAGUUAAAAAGUUAUUCGACUUAACCGUGAAAGUUAACUUAACAAUGAGUGGUCGCGCCGAGAAUGUCGGCAUAUUGGCCAUGGAAUUUUAUUUCCCGUCUCAAUAUGUCGACCAAACAGAAUUGGAGAAAUUUGACGAGGUAUCCGCAGGAAAAUAUACCGUUGGUCUCGGCCAAAACAAGAUGGGCUUCUGUUCAGAUCGGGAAGAUAUAAAUUCAUUAUGUCUCACGGCGUUACAUAGGCUCAUAGAGAAAAACAAUAUCUCCCUCCAUGAUAUUGGGCGUUUGGAGGUAGGCACUGAAACUAUUAUAGAUAAAAGUAAAAGUGUUAAGACAUUCCUUAUGACUCUAUUUGCCAAAGAAGGUGCCACUGAUAUUGAAGGUAUUGACACGACUAAUGCCUGUUAUGGGGGCACUGCUGCUCUUUUUAAUGCAAUUAACUGGGUGGAGUCUUCGUCAUGGGAUGGUAGGAAAGCUAUAGUGAUUGCUGGCGAUAUAGCAGUUUAUGGCAAAGGUCCUGCUCGACCUACAGGUGGUGCAGGGGCAGUAGCAAUGCUCGUAGGGCCUGAUGCUCCAUUGGUGUUCGACUGUGGAGUACGAGCUUCAUACAUGACCCAUGCUUAUGAUUUUUAUAAAGCAGACCUUGCAUCAGAAUUUCCUUAUGUAGAUGGAAAACUCUCUAUAAAAUGCUACCUCAAUGCUUUAGACAAUUGUUACAAUUUAUUCUGUAAGAAAAUGAGAAAAAUUGACCCCAGCUUCAAAGGGCUGCUCAGUUUAGACGGUAUGUUAUUCCAUUCACCAUACUGCAGACUGGUACAAAAGUCUUUAGCUAGAAUUAGUUUCAAUGACUUUUUGAAUGCAUCACCAGAAGAACGGGAAGCCCAAUUUCCAGGUUUAUCACAAUUUGAAGAUUAUAAACUGGAGGACACUUACUUUGAUAAAGAUGUUGAGAAAGCCUUCAUGGGGUACAGUCUGAAGCUAUUCAAUGAGAAGACAAUGCCAUCUCUCCAUAUAGCUUCUAAUGUAGGUAAUAUGUACACAGCCUCUUUGUAUGGUGGCCUAGUUUCAUACCUUGUAAGUAAGUCUCCUGAUCAGUUGAUAGGCAAAAAGUUUGCACUAUUUUCAUAUGGCUCUGGACUAGCAUCAACAAUGUACUCUAUAAACAUCUGUAAUGACAUGAGUGCUGGUUCUAAAUUGUCUAAAUUGAUAAACUCAUUGAAUGAAACUACUCUCUUGUUGGAUAAAAGAGAAAGUGUGGAACCCAUAAAGUUUUCAGAGAUAAUGGAAUUGAGAACUGCAAAUUACCACACAGCUCCAUAUGACCCCGCAGGCUCUAUUGACAUUUUAUUCCCUGGUACAUACUACCUCGUUCAUAUAGAUGACCAAAGAAGACGUACAUAUGAUAGAAAAAUAUGAAAUAUUUACAUUGUUUAGUUUAAUUUUAUGAGAAUCAUCAGAGGGUGACUGAUGUGGGAUUAUAUGAAUGAAUAAAAUAAAUACUAAAAAUAAUAUUUGUUUAAAGAUGGUUUCUUUAAUUAAUUAUUUAUACAAUGUUCCAUUGUUGCUUGUUAACUGUUAUUUAUGUAAUUUAUUUAUCUUGGUUAGGUGUAAAACACAGCAUUUUAUUGUUUCAUUUAUAUAGUCAAAGUUAUAGGUAAUGGCUAUGUGAAAACGAAAUAAUUGUGCACAUAUUAUAAACUCGAAUAUUACUGGUUAAGGUGUCUUAAAAAAACAAUUUUAUUAAUGUCUAAACAGUGCAUAGUGGGAAAUUUGGUAUGCAUUUAAAACAUUGUUAUAAUAGAUUAAUUUGAAUACUAAGAUUUGUUUACAAAUUCAAUGAGCAACAAAACAGUAAAUUGAUACCAUUUAUAAUUUAUUAUAUUUAAAACAAAUAGAUUCCACUUAAUAUUCUUCUGCUCAUUGUGUUAGAUAAUAAACUUAUUCUUAUCUCUGGCAAUAAAUUCAGUGAUCUACAAACAUUGGAAUUCUUCAGUUGAAUAGACAGACAAUAUUUGAUAAGAUAUUAAUUUAUACCUAAGUACAGGGGUACAUACCCAUUGUAUCCUGUCACAUUGUACCUUACAAUAUAUUUUAUGUUAAUAUUUGUAUUAAAUUUAUGACUGAUAUGUAUUUAAUCUGUGCUGUGCAAUGUAACAAUUCUGUGUAUCCAUGAAAUGGAUAAUAUUUAUUCAUUGCAGUCUGUCAAUAAAUGUAUUUAAUAAAUUGUAUACAUAAUU